GUUGAAUUGAAGAGGUUCAACCGUAAAGUCUGUGACCGCAAGCAGGAGCAGGGGCCACCAAUUCGCAAGGGCAGGGUUGAAAAAGCGGACAUACUGGACUUGAUUCUGUCUGAUCCGCAACUUAAUUGAACCUGGGACUUUGGAUGUGGCUAUAGAGGUCUUGGGGGCAUUAAUUUCUAGAAUAAAGUCGAAUAAAGUAGGAGGCACGUACAUUGGAUUUAAUAUAUAUAUAUAAUUAGGCACAAAAAACCCCACUUAAGUUAACAAAAGUAGUCUAGAAGAACACUUUAUUAGACAUAGGGCCUAAAUCAAUUGCAUUGAGAAAACUAUAAGGAAGUUGACAGUUUCAGUUUCACUAAUGAGGCUGGGCUGAAUGAUAGCCUAUAGCAUAUUUCCAUUUGCAACUCAAAAUAGGCCUAAUACAUAAUGGAAUAAACAAACAUUUAUAUUGCUUGCUGAUUUUGAUUACUAUUACGAUUGGUGGUGACUCAUGAAGACUAUUUUACAGCUCAAGGAUCUUGUGUAACAUCGGGCGCUGCAGUGGGAAGGAAAUAAAUAAAUACAGUAGAUGUUUUAUAUGCACCUGGACCAAAGAACAUUAUCAAAGGUAAGCAAUAUACCAAGUGUUAUAUAGCCUAAUGUCUCAAAUACAUUAUUAAAAUGUAUGUUUUACAGUAAUUAGAAAUGGUUUAUAUAGGAAAACAUCAAAUAGGCCAACCUAAAGUAUUCUACCUCGUUAAACAAUCACAACAGUCCCUCCUUUUAAUUUCUUCAACAGGUGCAACUGCUGCCCAGAAUAUUUAACAGCAUUGUCACUCUUUCCCCUUAAUCCUGUUUGAAUUAGAAAAAGUGCAUCACACCUAUCCUCCAAGUUGCACACCCUACACACAAAGACACAAAACAUUAGAGGAGGCAUGUAGAGAUAUAGGCCCCUAUCAAAUACAUUAUGUAUGCAUUACAUUCCAUCAACUCCAAAAGUCCCAAACCAUGUCCUAUCUCUACCUCAAACAAACACUAUGUGGACCAUCACCGGACAGAUCUGAUCAACAGAGUGAGCCAGGUGGAACCCAUCUUGGAUAGACUCCUGGAGAGGGGAAUCAUCACCACAUAUGCCUACAGUGACGUGAGGGCUAACAGAACCAACUAGAAAAGGAUGAGGGAGCUCUUCGAUGGCCCUGUGAAAGCAUAUGGGCCCAAAGGCAAAGAUAUGUUCUUAGAUAUCCUGAUGGAUCUGGAGCCAUUCCUAAUCAGUGACCUGAAGGGGGAAUACUGGGGAUAG